GGAAAAUUCACCACAAAUAGUGGACGAACCUUUAGAAGAUGAAGGUCAAGUAUUACAAGAAAUCGGCAAUUAUAAAAAUAUUAACAAUAAUGAUUUGCUCCUGGAAAUAGUUCGCCGCAAUACUUGGAACGCAACUAACGAGUUCAAAAAUAAUACUCUUUGCCUGGUGAAUGAAAAUAUAACAGCUGUUGAGUUAGUAGAAAAAUACGGAGCCGACGCCUUACGACUUUACGAAGUAUUUUUAGGUCCGCCCGAACAAACUACUAAAUUUGACCCGGAUGGUGUGCGAGCCACUAAAAAAUGGUUAGACCGAGGAAAAUUCACCACAAAUAGUGCUAAUAGUGCGGAUAAACAACUAAAAAUCUGCUACCAAAAAACAGUAAAAAAAUCUAACGCGAUACCAAUCGAUUAUGCUUUGGUUUUUUGUCAAUUAUUAAACCCGCUAGCACCUCACCUUAUGGUUCAAAUUAAUGGCCAAAAAAAAGCAGUAAUUUCCCUAAAACAAGAGCAAAAUCAGUCCGAAAUUGAAGCAAUGGCCAAAAGUGACCCGAAAAUAAGUAAAUUAUUAGGAGAACAAAGAAUUACAAAAGUUAUUUUCAUUAAAAAUAAGAUAGACGAGAAAAAGAAGGAAAAUUCCGAAAACAACCCGAACCAAAAAUCACCUCAACCGCCGAAUAAUGAUAACCCGUCGGACAAUCCCGAACCAGUGCCACCAACUGAUACUGAAAAUUGA